UGAUCAACAGCACCCCCAUCUUCCUUUAAAAGAGCCGUCCCUCCCUCUCUAACCCCCCUUUCUCUCUGCUCGAGGUGCAUUGUGGGGAGGAAAGUCGUUGCCAUUCGACCUCUGCGGGGCCUGCGCGGACGCAGCGAGAACCCUGAAAUUCAUUAUGCGUUUAAAACCUUUAUUUAUUUCCGCAUAACCUACAUACUCUCACCGGGAGGGCCAAAGCGGCGAAAAGACACGACGACGGUUUAUCUAUUUCGGGGAAGACAUCGUUUGCAAAUACAUAUUUUUUUCGGAGGUGGAUACUGUUGAGAAAGUGAAGAUUGUAAUACAUAUUAAGAAAAAUGUCCGGUGAGAGAAACCGCAGGUCGUUGGCUUUCCGAGGAGGUGGAUUAGCUGGGUUAACGGGUUCCAGUGGCAUCGGAGGGGGGAACUGUAACAGCUGGGAGGCCCCGGCCUGUCAAGACCGACAUUUUAACGGCAACAGGCCGGAUCAAGAGGAGGACAGGGAUCUGGGGGCGAAAGGACCGUCGCAGCGGAGAGUGGAAGGCGCUGGGUCUGUCAGCGACUGCACGGAACCCGAAGCGGAGGAAGAAGAGGACCCGGAAGGGGGCAGUUGGGCAGCCGGGGACGGCGACGAUCGUGUCGACUCAGUGGAAGCCGAGGUGGACGGGAAUCGGGAGGGGUGUAGCUGGACAACGGGGAACGGUCCCAGCAACGACGUCGGUCAGGAGUCGGGAAGCGGCGAGACGGGAUCCAGGAAAUCUGGGGUAGAGAUGAGACCGCAGACGUUGCUUCAGAAACACUCACUCUUCCAUGCGUCGUGGUUGCAAGAGUUUCCAUGGCUCAAAUUUUGCCAGGAGACGGGACUCAUGUCUUGUUCCUGGUGUCACAACAUUGCCACUAAAAACAGCGAUGAGCUGGUGAAAGGCAGUCGCAACUACAAGCGGGCCUUGUUGCUGAGACAUCACCUGUCUUCUGAACACGGCAGGAAUGACCCCACCAAACAGGAGACCAGGCCAUCGGAUAACACCAGCCCCUCCACUAACUGCUCAGAGGAAGACUACCGCAACAAGCCCAAUGAGAACUCUUACUGUUACCAGCUUCUCCAAGAGCUGGACAAGCAACGCAAAAGUGGAAUCCUCUGUGAUGUCAACAUAGUCGUCUCUGGCCAGGUAUUCCGCGCACAUAAGAACAUCCUGGUGGCGGGCAGCCGCUACUUCAAAACCCUCUACUGUUUGACCAAGAGUGAGGCCCAGGACCAGGCCACCGUCACACACAUUGAUGUUGCUGCUGUGCAGGGCUUCUCCGUUAUCCUCGACUUUCUCUACUCUGGGAAUCUGCUGCUUACAAGCCAAAAUGCCAUUGAGGUGAUGUCUGUUGCUAGUUACCUUCAGAUGACAGAAGUUGUUCAGUCGUGUCGAGCUUUUAUAAAGGAUGCACUGAAUAUCAGCAGCAAGCAGGAGGCUCCAGAUUCUGUAGUGGUGGAUUACAACAAGCGGCAGAUGGUAGCCAAAGAGGGACAUAGAAGGCUGGACCGGAAGCCAGGCAAAUACUGGGCCACAAGCAUCCUGUCAGAGCUGUCGAUUAAGGCCAGCAGCAACCAAGUGAAAGGCGCGAUUGAUGAAGAAGAUGAAAAUGGCAGGGUGAAGGAGGAGACCAGCGACAUAGAGGUGACAGUGGUUGGGAAGGAGGGCUGUGCCCUCGUGACCCCUGGAGUCUCUGGUAGAUGGAGCCACCACAACGACAACUCCUCUGAUUCAGCAGAGACCAAUGAAACACGGGUGGUGGGUGACCAGGCGCAGGUCUUCAUCUGGAACGGGCCUGUCUCAGGCGACGGUGUAGCGGCACCUGCAGCAAUAAAGCGUGAGGCACCAGAUGCUGCAGCUGGAAGCGGGCGGAGGAAAAAACAGGCUACCACACGGCGUUUCGUCUACAACUUCCCACCCGAGCCUGAAGAGGGAUUCGAUGAGGGGAUGUUCAUCCAGCCUUCGGCUUCCUACCCCAGAGAAGACUUCUCCUCCCUCUCUGAAAAUGCUGAGCUGGCCAAUCAGAUCCCGUAUAGCAUCAUCCAAGACUUACAGCAAGGGGAGUCCUGGGAGAAUGGUGAGUCCUCACACUUGGCCCUCAAUAAGCUCAAGUGCCCCCACUGUAACUACAUCGCCAAGCACCGGCGAACGCUCAAGAGGCACCUGAUCAUCCAUUCGGGUGUGCGCUCGUUCAGCUGCGACAUCUGUGGCAAGCUGUUCACCCGCCGGGAGCACGUUAAGAGACAUUCCCUGGUGCACAAGAAGGACAAAAAGUACAAGUGCAUGGUGUGCAAGAAGAUCUUCAUGCUCGCAGCCAGCGUCGGAAUCCGCCACGGCUCGCGGCGCUACGGUGUGUGUGCGGACUGCGCUGACUCACACCAGGCCACUCAGGAGGGCCUGGAGGGCAUGGAGUUUCCUCGCGACGAAGACUUCGAGGGCGAGGAAGGGGAGGACCUGGAGGGGGAGGAGCCUACCGACAAUGACCAAUCAAACUGGGGUGAGGGCAACGCUGGUGGUGCCCCAGAAAAGGACUAAGAAUUUUAACAAGCUUGAGAAACAAAAAUAAAAUUUGAUGUUUAAUAUAUAUGUAUACAAAAACUAGCUGGUAAACAAUCAACUCCAAAGUGCUAUCAAACCUCGAGGUUACUUAAUUGUGCACGUAUAUAUAUGACGAAGAGAUGGAUAAAAUAUGGAAAAGAAAAAAGCUUUCUUGGAGUGGGAACUCCCGAGAUGUACAGAUUUUAUUAAUGUUAAAAUGUGUCCAACUGUGGGCCCAGAACUCGCGAGAGAAAGAUUCUAAUGACUAAUAAUAUGAUGAAUCAGGUUUUUGGUGAUGUAUUUUUUAUUUCCUGUUUAUGGGGGACACUUGGGGGCAGGGUGAUGAUGUAGUUUUGUUUUUUGAGUUGGGCUAGGCCAAUCAUCUAAGAUAAAAGAAAAAAAAAAGACAGCUGUUAAUUAUUUAAUUUAUGAAGAGAGGUUAUUAUGGUCUUAUAAAAAUGCUAUGAUUAUUAUUUCUGUUGUUUUUUUGUCCGCAGCAGAGGCACAGCGAUAGCUGCUGUGUGCUGCUCGUUCUGAGAGUAUAUGGCUUGGUGCUUGUAGAGCUACACGGAAGAGCAUUAUCGCAGACAGGAAGACUUUUUAAAACUUGCUCUGUAGAUCUUGUUUAGACGCGCUAAAUAUUAUAUUAUUCUUUUCCUCUUUUUUUUUUUUUUCUUCUCUUUGUUCUGUUCCUGCAAAAAUCUUGGAACCAAAAAAUCUGUUUUGUGACUCUAAUGUAUUACAGCCAUAUUUAUGAUUAAUUUAAGAGGGCUGCGAUAUUAUGCCAAACAGACCGCACACCAAGAUCACGCAGGAUACAAAAACUACUGAAUACGCUUAAAAGAAAAGAGAGAAGACAACGUGAGAUUUUUAUCUUAAGCGGUAAAAAAAAAAAAUAAGAUUGAUUUUAAAAAAAAAAAAGAAAAAGAAAGAAAAAGCGAAAGUACAAGGGGAAAUGUUAUUGCUAGCUUUAUUCAAAUCACGGCGUCACAGUAACACUUUAUUAAAAGCAUUUGACUUUCACUUAAAGCUUGAAUUUUGCCAAAUGAUGAAACGUUUGGUGCUGUAAUGCUUGUUGCAGAAUACUGGACCUACAGGCUAUAUAUGAUGUUUAUAAUCAUAAAGCUUAAACUGACUCAGUUAUACGUAUAUGUAAUCAGCUUAAUCUAUAGAACACUGUUGUGCUACGGCGACUAUCAGGUAUGCUUUGCCAUUUUUUUUAAAGCUUUUUAUUUUAUUUUUAUUUAAUGCAAACACACACACACACACGCCAUUUUGUAGAACUACCGGCAGUACUUGUAAUUGACGUUUUUGAGGACCUAAGUAGAUAUCAAUACCUUUAUACGUUUGUUUAUAUUUGGUACUGAGUUAUAUAGUAAAGACAGUAUAUAUAUAUAUAAAUAUAUAUGUAUAUUGAAUCACUUGAACAUUACGUUGUGAGGGAGGGACCGUGCGGAUCAGUCCUGAUUGUGUGAUGUUUUCACUCUGAACGAAACUCCAUUUUUCAUGUGUUAAAAGGCACACGUGGUGUCAUCUGUUUAAUUUGAUGUAGGUUUGUUUGUUAUUUUUAUUUGAUUUUUUUUUUUAGGUCUGCCAGGUAGAAAAACACUUUGUUCCACAGGAAGUGAAGCUCUAUGGCACCUCAUAGACAUGCACUUACUUUUGCGUUAAUGAAAAUAAUUUUUUCUCUUCGUUCUGUUUUUCCUUUUUGCUUUCCACCGCAGAAGCGGGGUCUGAAUGGAACUUUAUAAAAACUGUUGUCUUUCUUCCAAUGCGCAACGUUUUUCUAUUAGACAUUUUCUUGUUUUUUUUUUGUUAUUUAAUAUUAUAUAUAUAUAUUGACUCCAAAAUGCAAUCAAGACUGUUAAUUUCUAUUUGUCCAACCAAAAUUGUUCUUUUUUUUUUUUUAAUUAUUGUUGAAAUAUAAUGUAUAAGAGAAGCCAGGUGAAAACUUGCUUAGUGUAGAGAAAUCCUUGCUCGUGUCUGUAAUUGUUGAGAUUUCUUUUUUUUUUUUUAAAUGUUUAUAUGCUACAGAAUCAUUCACUUUACCCUAGAUACAUAUUAUGUUUAAUUUUGUUCUUUCCACGGAUGUUUUCCUUCUCAUUUUUUGUUUUUUUCCCUCAUUAAGCACAUAUUUUUUAAAGAAAAGAAACACGGAUUGUUUUGCGGGUUAAAACCUUGGAACAGCAGUAUCUGUUCAUAUGCAGUGGAUUAUGUACUGAAGUGCUAAUGAUACAGACAAUGUGUAAACUUCCUUUUCCUCUUUAGCGGAAGAAGAUAUAUUUAAGUCAGAGAUGCUCAUCCUCUUGAUGUCACUUUUUCCUUCAAAUCACUGUGGGAGGGGUUAUAUUAUUGAUAUAUACAUACAUAUAUAUGUGUGUGUGUGUGGAGAAUAAGAUAUAUAUAUAUAUAUACAUAUAUAUAUGAAGAAUAUAUUAUUUAACUAGUGAAUUUACUUAAUGGAACUCGUUGACAGUCAGCCACGAACCUCCGGACAUGGCGGUUCAUUUCCGUGAACUUAAACCUUCCGCUUUCUCUCUCUCUCUCCCUCUCUCCGUUCACGCUGUGUACUUGUUCAUCACGCCAUCCUGUUGUCUUUGUUUGUUCUUUUGAUACUAUUUACCAUCCUACUGAUUUUACUGUAAUGAAUGAAACUCGAAAAAAAAAAAACAACUAUGAUGUAUCAUUUUGAAAUUUUAUGCUGUAUUUGUUAUAUGGAACGACGGCGACGACAAAAAAACAAAACAAAAAAAAAACACACAAAGCAAAAACACUACAGAUGUAAAGCAGAGGUUUUUUUUCCCCAGCUGUAUUUUUUUACGCUGUUGCUAAAAGGUUGUAUUUUUCAAUUUCUCUCGAACUUUUAACAGUGAUGCAAACGUCGGGCGACUCUUCGGUGCCCUCCGAACACAGAGCAAAUUCAGGUUACUCUUUUUACGUUUUUAUCAAAGGUUUUCAGCGAUGGAAUUACAUUUUCCUCUUUUCUCUCUGAAUUGUACUACUGUUCCUCUACUACAUUUUAAGAAUAAAACUUUGAUAUUGCUUUAAA